AUUAAUAACUACUUGUCGACUACCUAAAUGAAGGAAUGAAUGAAUACCCACCAAGAACUACAUUUCCCUAUAUGAUUGGCGUGACGCGCUCCUAUUAAGAAGUGCGACGAUUACUUCCUAAGGCCCCUUUUUCACACACGCCAGCCGAUGCCGCAGUGUUUUGUGGGAAAGGUAGUUUUAUUGCUCGUCCUCUGGCGCGGGACAAACUGAACUCAAACUAAACUUCCCAGCAAGCAGCGCAAUCACCUAGGAAGAGGGGCAAGAUGGCGGACCCUGAAGAGGGUACUUUGCGACCCGCCGGAGCCUCUGCUGCCCCAAUUUCGUUCAGCUUCAGUCGCACAGCCGCCAGGAGACGGCUGGCGGAUCCGGGAGAGGACGGGAGUGCGGCUCCGGAGGAGAAGGAUUUCUUGAAGACCGUGGAAGGGAGGGAGCUGCAGAGUGUGAAGCCCUCAGAAACUCCCAAGGAACUCGUCAUCCCUUUGAUCCAGAAUGGCCAUCGCAGGCAGCCACCAGCCCAGGUUCCUGGGCCAUCCACAGACACUGAGGCCUUGAUGGAUGGGGUGCUGUCUCAGGCUGUAAAGGAGCUUAUUGAGGACUCCAAGAAGUCCCUGGAGGAGAGAGAGAAUUCGGGUAUCGACCCCAUGCUUGCUAUCCCCAUGAUCCAGAAAGGAUGCGUCCCUAACGGAGAAGGGGCAGACAGCGAACCCCGAGCUGAGACAGUGCCGGAGGAAGCUGAUUAUGAGGCAGUCCCUGUAGAGGCCUAUGGGCUGGCCAUGUUACGAGGCAUGGGCUGGAAACCUGGCGAGGGCAUUGGCCGCACCUUCAAUCAAGUGGUGAAACCCCGUGUCAACUCACUGAGACCAAAGGGGUUAGGGCUGGGUGCCAACCUGACUGAGGUCCAGGCCCUGGCCCCCACUGGCCCCCACCGUCUGCCAAAGCCAGAGGAGGAGGAAGAGAAGAAUAAGGAAGACCAGCCUCAAGGACUGGUGCCUGGGGGGGCUGUGCUGGUUCUUUCUGGCCCGCAUCGUGGCCUCUAUGGGAAGGUAGAAGGCCUUGACCCUGACAACGUUCGGGCCAUGGUUCGCCUGGCCAUGGGGAGCCGCAUGGUGACUGUUAGUGAGUACUGCCUGCGGCCUGUCUCCCAGCAGGAGUUUGACAAGAAUUCCUCAGAUCUCAGCCAGAUGCAUAAAACUUCCUCAGUGGAACAGAAUGGAACAGCUUCAUUGUGGAAGGCCCUCCGGGAUCAGGUCCUCCCCAGCCAGCGGGAGGACUCACAGAGGAAGCGGAAACACCUUCCUGACCCACGGGGGGAGCCUGCCACCAAGAAUGAGAAGGCAGGUCCCAGGAGCCAGCACUGGUUGCAUAGGGACCUGCGCGUACGCUUUGUGGACAAGCUGCAUAAGGGUGGCCAGUAUUACAACACGAAGAUGACGAUCGAAGAUGUUCUCAGCCCAGAUACCUGUGUGUGUCGAACAGAUGAAGGUCAGGUCCUGGAAGGCCUGAGAGAAGACAUGCUGGAGACCCUGGUCCCCAAGGUCCAAGGCAACCGGGUAAUGGUGGUGCUGGGGCCACAGGCUGGAAAGGUGGGCCGCCUGCUGGACUGGGACAGAGAACGGAGCCGGGCUGUGGUGCAGCUGCGGAGAGAGAAUCAACUGGUGGAGCUUCACUAUGAUGCUGUCUGCCAGUAUCUGGGCCCCAGUGACUCAGAUGAAGACUGACCUGUGGCCCCGCUCCCACCCCCCAGGCUGCUGCCUGCUCUGUAUGGUGUUUAAAGCCAGUCUUCACAAAGGUGGGGAGGUCAUUGUUCCAUCCUCCACUUGCACCACAGCCCCAGGACAGGGACAGGGCACAAGAUAGUUGGACCAGAAGGGAGGCUCGAAGCAAACCCAGUAUUCUCCAGAAGUCAGUGUGUAAUAAAAAUCAUUUCAAAACAACUCAGUAAAAUGACAAGACCGUUAA